UUGAGCGCCAUUUUUUCCUCAAUAGGAGAAGAAAGGGACAAAAGCAGGACCAAAAAUAACUUAUCUAUUCAACUCUCACCUCUCACCUGGGACUGCACCCUUCGCUCCGCGGUGCUCGCAGGCAGACGAGGCUGCUCGGAUGAGGAGCUGUGUGCAGCCCCGGCAGAGGACGCAGCUUACCGACACACACAGUUGAGGGCCGGCGGAAGUGGAAAACGUUAGCCCUGCCGGAGGAGGCACAGCGACAACUAACGUUAACCUACGCUGAAAAAAUUAUACGAGACCCAUAAGAGAAAAUGUAUCAGCUUCCAGUAGGAAACAUUGAGAAAAUCCGAAAGGCGCGCAGGGCGGUGAAAAACAUCCUGACAGAGAUCGGCCUUGAAGACUGCCAGAACAUGCUGAAGGAUCUAAAUGAAACCUCAGAGAAAGACUCAGAUGAAGAUGAAUCCUUUAAGGCGACUGAAUGGUUUGAUUUCACUGAUGGAUUCAAUGGCAGGCUGCAUAAAAAGUGGCCCUAUCGGUCGCGAUCUUUGUGCUGUAGCCUGUGCAAGUACUCCACUAAAAACAUCUACAACUUCAGAUCCCACAUCUCUCGCUGCCAUAAAUUUGUGCAGUCUGUCUGCACACUUACACCUUGUUCUCAGUGCCUCUUCAUCAGCCACCCUAAGUUGGUCAAGAAGCACAUGAUGUACUUUCACGCCAAACUCACCAACCAUGUCCAGCCAGUAAUAGAAGCUCCUGUACUCAACCAUCGUGGAAAUGAAAGAUAUCAAUGCAGAAAAUGUGGAUUUCCAGCCUCCUCUAUCUUUACGAUGAAGAAGCACAUCAUCCUCAAACACCUGCAGGGCAUGGCAGAGCAGUAUAUCGGUUACAGAUUACACCUUCAAGGCACCACAUCAGUAAAGAUCCAUUGCUGCAAAGUAUGCAGGGUGAACACCGGGACCUUAGACCAAAUGUUGCACCACAUGCUGGUGGAGCCGUCACACUACUCAGUUAGCACACACGUGCAGGGCUUAAUUCAUGAGAACAAGAACUUCACCAUAAAAUCAACACCCAAUGGGAAUGGAUUGUUUGUGACAUUCCCAAAUAUCGCCCCUAAACCACAGACAACGCAAGUGUUCAACAGUAAGCCCUUGGUGCUGCCAAGUAAUGGCCAAGCUGCUGGGACUGUGGUAACGUUACAGCAGCUUCCAGGAAGUACAAACAGUACGACUCUUAUCUGCGCCCCUGGGACCAACCAAGCUUUCCUGCCCCCUCAAGCGUCAGCACUAGUGCAGCUAGCUAGUGCUGAGGCUAAAGGUUUGCUUCAGCCUGGUGCUACAAUCUCCCUCAGAGGUGCUCUGCCCCAAGCACCAUCCAUGGUUCAGCUUCCAGCGGUGCCUAACAUGUCCCUCAAACCGGCACCAGUGACUCUAGCACCCCCUUCUUCUCAACCACAACAGACUCCACAAGCACAGCAAAUCCUCCUUCCAACAGGACUACAGGCCAACAUGGCUGCCGGGCCUGUAUCCACAGGACUACAGGCCAACAUGGCUGCCGGGCCUGCACCCACAGGACUACAGGCCAACAUGGCCGCCAGGCCUGUACCCACAGGACUACAGGCCAACAUGGCCACUGGGCCGGUACCCACAGGACUACAGGCCAACAUGGCUACCGGGCCGGUACCCACAGGACUACAGGCCAACAUGGCUACCGGGCCGGUACCCACAGGACUACAGGCCAACAUGGCUACCGGGCCGGUACCCACAGGACUACAGGCCAACAUGGCUGCUGGGCCUGUACCUAAACCUGCUGUGGUAGCACAAAAUACACCAUUAAACCAAAUGAAUCUACAGGGUACCAUGCUGACUUCACAAUCUCUGUUGAGUCAUCUGAUCCCAACCGGCAACAAGAUCAACGGUAUGCCGACAUAUACUUUUGCUCCACUCCAAGUAGCAGCGCCUGGAUCUCACAAUGCAAACAACCCUCUAAAGCCAAUCGAGCAAAUGAGCAACUCCUCACAACAAACCAAGAAAUGGAUCACCUGUCCACUCUGCAAUGAGCUCUUUCCCUCCAAUGUCUUUGAUUUGCACACAGAAGUGGCACACCAGACAAAGUCCACCUCAGCCAAGUCAGAAAGCCUGGCAGCAAGAGCAGCCUUCUUGAAGAAAAUGCCCGACAAAACAAUCAAAUGUUUGACGUGCAAAAUUCUACUAUCAGAAAAAAGCGCCUUCCAGCACCUGCUCCAUGGCCUGAAUUGUUUGUACUGCUCUGGUUUGUUCUUCUCAAUCAGACAGCUUGCUGAACACAUCAAGAUUCACAAUCCCUCAAGCAAGGCAUACAGUGAAUUUCUGAGGCAGAGGUACAGGGUCUACACUAAAGGCUCGGGAAUUCUGAUCCCUUACUUUGACGUCAGCACAACAGCACCUAAAGAGAUCCUGGGAGACAUGGAGGUAAAUCUUGCCUUGGUUACAAAUUCCCUCGACCUAAUCUUCUUCAAGUUGCAGCCCAACAGUCAGCCAGAAAUCUGCCCAGCGCCAGUAAAAAUCAACAGCACAUACUGUCCUUUCUGUGAUGACAAGUUCCAGAAUGAAUUCCAACACCUGCAGCACCUGAAAGAGAAACAUUUUGUGGCACCCACCAUUCACGCCAUCCUCAAAACAGAGGCUUUCAAGUGCAUAUACUGCAACGGUGUGUACACAGGAAAGGUCACCCAGCAGGCUGUGAUGCUCCACAUUCAGCGAUGCCGUUGUUCCCCAAAACCACCCCCACCACAGCCCCCAAAACCAGCACCAGCACUAGCCCAGCCACCGCCAAAACCAGCUCAACAGCUCACCCAGCCGUCUGGACUCUACUUUCUCCAAGUGCCACAAGGGCUGACGGUGAAACAAACUCUGACUCCAGCUCGCGUGAUUCCAGCUUCAAUCGCUCCAAGGCCUCAAGAGUCAGAAGCAGAGUUGAAGUCCAAGCAAAGGCUGGAGGCGGCGUUGAAGGAGGUCAUUGCUGCCAAUAAACGAGAGCGAGAAGAAAGGGCAGCGAUGCGUAAGAAGCGAGAGCAGGAGAAGCUGCUGCCCCCACCGGAGCCUGUUGUUCAGAGCGACCCUAUGGUGAAGCUAGCAUUGGAGCCGACCGCGGCCGAGCGCCGCACUAGCGUGGACAGCAGAGAGUUCGUCUCCAAAUACUUCAACGUGAACCCCUACGCCUCCAAAGCCGAGUCCGACGAGCUCUGCAGGAGGCUGACGGUCACCAAAUCAGAGCUGGCAGCUCUCUUCAGCAAGAAGCGCAGCAAGUGCAUGAAGAGUCUCAAGACCAACACGGCGGUCAUUCUCCUCGGAUUCAACAUGACAGCACUGAAUAAAGUCCAGCACAACCUCCUCAUCCCAGAGAUACCGACUGCAGAUUCUCUAGAUGCUGCAGAUUCACCGGAGGGGCCUGCAGAGCAGAUGGAAAAGGGUGAUGACAGCCCAGAGCCCAUGGAUGAAAGUGGAAACGAUAAGGUUACAAACGGAGAACAGGCAGAACAGAUGGAAUCUGUGUAGAAAACGGAACAAAUAAUGCAAAUGCACCUGUCCCUAUCCUAAAUAAUAAAACCCUCAAAGUUGUACGACAGCCUCUUGUGUUGAUAGUUAGGAGAGGCGUUCAUCAUGCAGUGCUCACAGUGUAUUCCCUGAUGUACCUGAAGGUGAGGGCACCUUGUUGAUGUAGCCUUCAUUUAUAGUGCUUUGUUUAUCAGUAUGCUGUCGGUAGUUCUCAUUUCCACAUUUAUGCAAAGCCAAGUUAUUAAGCUCCUUUAGAACAUAAUUAUAGAAACGUGUUGCCUGUAAGAUAUUAUGGUGUCAGACUGUUGAGCUGCAGCAGAACUUGGCUGGUAAAUAAUCGCUCAUCCUUCAGUGGCUGCUGACUUAAACUAAAGCACUGAUUCGCUCCUGUUGACUGCUUUCUUUUUGCACCCUUUAUUUAAGCUCCUUUGUAUUAUAUUACAUUUCCUACAUCAUUGCCUGUCUGCUAAUAUCCAAACUGAAGUGUUCCCUUAAUGUAGAGUUGAUUUAAUAUUGCAUUUAGCUGUCUUUUUAUACAUUUGUUUUUCUUUUUUACACACUUGGACCUAUUUCUAUCUUGUACACAGCUUUUUUGUUAGUCACCUUUCCUUUCCAAGACUUCUUCCUCCACAUUUAGACGGUUUCAGAGGAAAUGAUUCCUGGUUGUCAGCUCCUGCAGACCAUUUGGGUGAAUGUUCAUGUUGCAGUUUAAAGCCAAAUUUUGGAGAAUGUACACGUUUUUGAGAUUUAGGGAGAUAAUAAACACUUGAUUACAAAUUCCAAACAAAGUUGCCUGCAUGAGCAUUGAUUAAGCUGAAAUUAAGAGUGGUGCCAUUGUGAAGUCUAUAUAUUAUCAUUGACAUGUAGUCUAUCUUAACAAAGCAAACUAAAGUCAUUGAUGUGUUCCAGCGUAUAUCUUCUGUUCUCCUGACAGCUGUUUUUUUGUACUGUAUGUGUGUUUUCUAUAAUUCCAAAAGGAUCAACUAUAUUGGGAGAGCUACAUAUUCUCAUUCUGUCCCAGGCCACUGUGUUGACAAAAAUAAAGUGGUUUCCUUUUAAGCAAAUGAUGCAUUCGUUUUUAUGUUUCAUUUCUUAAUAAAAGUCUUAUUUA